AUGAGCGUUGAGCUCGCCGCAAAACUCGGCACAUGGCUUCGACAAGUAAUUGGAAUACUUGGUCAAGAGCUUCACCAUACCGCCGACCUUCGGCUGUCUUUCCGCUCCCUGACCCAAGCACCUGCUCGCAAUCCAGACUCAUUACGCGCUCGCACAUUGCGCAAUGUGUCGCUGGUGGCUGCAACUUUAAUCGAACAUGCUAUAUUGCCACAUCUUAACGAGUGCCCCUAA